AUGAUCAAUGCUGGGAAGGACAAUGAGGAGCCUCUGUACCCUCCAGGUUUCACCCCGAUAAACAAUCAGACAUGUCCGCAAGGUGUACCCAUUGCUAUCAGAUCACAACAACAUCAGGCCGGUACCUCGGCACCCAUGAACUACCCAACGGGCUCAGGUUCCAAUCCAAGGAAUAGUCUAACCAAUUAUGAAGUCCCUGAUCUAGACGAAAUGGUAGGAAUAGAAAAAGCAAAGGUUAAACUGCCAAGACAACUCGAAGAUCGAUACAAGUGGUUGGAAGAAAAACUUAGAGCGAUGGAGAAUGCUGAUUACCAUCGCGGGGUUGACGCCAAUGAUCUCAGCCUGGUCCCAGAUUUAGUACUCCCGCUGAAAUUCAAGACUCUAGAAUUUGAAAAAUAUAAUGGGACUAGUUGUCCUGAAGCUCACAUCACGAUGUUCUGCCAAAAAAUGACAGGUUACGUUGAUAACGAUCGACUGUUAAUUCAUUAUUUCCAAGAAAGUCUAAUUGAGUCAGCUGCCAAAUGGUACAACCAACUGAGCCGUGCCAAAAUUCAUCCAUGGAAAGACUUGACACAGACUUUCUUGAAGCAAUACGUCCACGUGACAGACAUGGCGCCCGACAGAAUUACACUGUAG